GUAGCUGAGAGAGCUGCAAACUUUCUGCGCAGGCAGAGCGCUGGAGGAAGUUAUUCAUCUCUAGUUUUGUGUUAAUUUGCUUGACUUUCAGGUCGGGGUUUAUUAAGCAGGAAAGCAAGCAGAAUAAUCCUGUGCUCUGCUGUAAGUGUGCAGGCUUGACGUCUUGUUCUAGCUUGAGGUUUUUGGUCCAGUCGUCUUUUCACUUGUUCAGCAUCAGAUCCAGUGAAGAAGAGGAAUGAAGGAGCUGCAGGAGCUGCUGGAGUGAAGAAUAAACCUGAUUUCAUGUGCUUCUGUCAGCCACACGUUACCCCCAUUUCAGAGAGAAAUGACAGAAGUGCGAUGCAGAAAACCGGGUGAGAAGGACGAGGCGGCGUCUGAAGUGCACCAACAGCAUGAGGAAGGUGUUGUGAGGGAUGAGGUUGGAUGUGAUGGUAUGGGAGCAGACUCGGGCUCUGCUGUAAACGAAGGCGUGGAGAGCGGAGCAGCCGACGACACACACGUACACGCAGACUCAGACGAUGCGAGAACAGACGCAGGCCAGACGGAGUCUCCCUCUCCCGCUGCAGAGGAGGAGAAGAAGGAAGAGCAGGACUCCAACUCCAACACAACGUCAGCCAAGACAACAAACAAGAGCAGCAAAUCUGUGAUGUUUCAGAGGUUAGCGAAGCUCUUCAUCGGGUGUCUGGCAGCCGUCACCUGUGGGAUGAUGUACGCUGUGUACCUGAGCACAUACCACGAGAGGAAGUUCUGGUUCUCCACUCGCCAGGAGCUGGAGAGAGAGAUCACCUUCCAGGGAGGCAGUGGUCUUUAUUACUACUACUACAAACACAUGCUGUUCGCCUCGUCCUUUGAGAAGGGUGUGUAUGAGCUGACGCGAGAUAACAGGACUGUGUCUGGUCAGACCAUUAAUGCAGUGGAGCAGCUGUCUCUCUACCCCGAGCUCCUCAGCAGCCUGCUGUACAAACUGAGUGGCAGUCAGGACUCCAUAGAGCCGGUUUAUUUCUACAUCGGCGUGGUGUUUGCGCUGCAGGCUGUCUAUGUGACGGCUCUGUUUAUCUGCAGCUGGGUGAUGAGUGGCACUUGGGUGGCUGGAAUGCUGGCAGUGGCCUGGUUCAUCAUUAACAGACCGGACACGACUAAAGUGGACUACGCCAUUCCUCUGAGAGAUAACUGGGCUCUCCCUUAUUUCUCCUGCCAAGUAGCUGCUUUAACCGGCUUCCUGAGCAACAACAUCAGCUCUGCAACCGAGAUGUUCUGUUACCUGCUAAUGAGUGUGACGACGUUCACCUUCAUAGUGAUGUGGGAGCACAGCCACUACAUACUGUUUAUACAGGGACUUGUGCUCUUACUCCUGGACUGCUUUGACCUCGUACCAGCACGCAAGACAGCAGACAUCCAUAAGGUGUAUCUGAGCUCUCUGUUAUUGGCCUACGUCCUGCAGUAUCAGAAGCCCAGUCUGCUUUCCUGUCCCCUCCUCAGUCUGCUUGUAGCCAACAUGCUGGCCAAAUACCUGCAGCAAAAAAUGAAGAUGGGCCCGCUGGUGGCGAGACUGAUGAAGAUCGUGCUGCACCUGUACUUAGUCUUCACCGCAAGCAUCACCUUCAACUACCUGAUUAAGAGAAUCUUUCCAGUCAAUCAGAGUGACUUCAUACUGAAAUUCCUGGAGGUCAGGUUCGGACUAAACUCGACAACAGAGUUUAUACCAAACCUACUGAUGUGUGAGGAUGGUUUCCAGGCUCCGGGACAGGACUUCUUCCUGCGCCUCACACACGCCUCUGUCCUGCCUUUCUAUUUGCUCGUGCUGCUCGUCUGCGUGCUGUCAGUCAUGCAGACCAUCUACAGGAGACUCAGCGGGGAUCGAGCGACAGGCAGCGUGCGGAUGGAGGACGGGCGGAUUGGAGAGCGGCCGGAGGUGAUCUACCACGUGUUCCACACGCUGCUGUUCGGAGCUCUCUCCAUGCUGUUUCAGGGGAUGAAGUAUCUUUGGACCCCGUAUGUGUGUAUGUUCACUGCGUUUGGUGUGUGUUCACCGGAGCUGUGGAUGACUGUGUUCAGAUGGGUCAGACUCAAGUCUGUCCAUCCUGUAGUGCUGGCACUAAUCCUGAGCACUGCAGUACCGACCAUCAUUGGCUUCAGCUUAUGGAGAGAGUAUUUCCCACGUGUGCUGUCAGAGCUUACAGAGGUGCAAGAGUUUUAUGAUCCUGAUACAGUGGAGCUCAUGAACUGGAUUAGGAGUCAGGCUCCGCUCUCGGCUGUGUUUGCUGCGAGUCCUGCGCUGUCAGGAACAGUGAAGGUGUGCACAGGAUGGCCAGUCACCAGUCUCCCAAUCUACGCAGACCUCAGCCUGCUACAGAGGACCGAAAGUACGUAUCAGGUGUACGCCAUGCGCUCUGCCGAGGACAUCUAUAAGCUGCUGACAGCUCAGAAGUCAAGUUACGUCAUCAUCGAAGAGGAGCUGUGUAACGAGAUGAGUCCUGUCAGAGGCUGCAGGAUCAAAGACCUGCUCGACUACGCAAAUGGCCAUGUGGUGUAUGACAACGGGGAAAUGUACACUUUCUCCAAGCAUGGGCGAUUCUGUCACGAGAUCAAAAUGAACUACUCUCCAUACACCAACUACUUCACGCGAGUGUUCUGGAACCGCUCGUACCACGUCUACAAAGUCAACUCAGUCAUCUCCUUCCAGUACUGACAUCUGCUGAAUUCACUCCAUCAUCUCCUCCAAUACUGAUGAAUACAGAGUCAACUCCAUCAUCUCCUCCAAUACUGAUGAAUACAGAGUCAACUCCAUCAUCUCCUCCAAUACCAAUGUCUCCGCAGUCAACUCCAUCAUCCCCUCCCUGCUGACAGCUGCCAAAUCAGUUCAGUCCCAUCUCAAUACCAAUGUCUAUAGAGUUCACUUCGUCAUUCUCUUCCAAUUCUGUUGUCUACAGUGUCAACAAAGGUCUCUCCUUCUAGUUCCCACAGAUACCAAAUCAAAUCAGCCAUCCCCUUUCAAUACUGACAGGAAUCAAAUCAACCCCGUCAUCCCCUUUCAAUACCAAUUCCUACAGUCAACUCCGUCACCCCCUUUCAAUACCAAUUCCUACAGUCAACUCCGUCACCCCCUUUCAAUACCAAUUCCUACAGUCAACCCCAUCACCCCCUUUCAAUACCAAUGUCUGCACAGUCAACUCCGUCAUCCCCUUUCAAUACCAAUUCCUACAGUCAACUCCGUCAUCCCCUUUCAAUACCAAUGUCUACACACUCAACUCCCAUUUCAAUACUGAGAGAUACCAAGUCAACCCUGUUAAUGAAUUCAUUACCGAUGUAUAGAGUCAAUUCCAUCAUCCCUUUCCAAUACUGAUGCCUGCCCCUGCACCAGUCUGUCUUUCUUUUUUUUUUUGCCUUCUCCAUCACUCCUCAACUAGCUCUGUGUUACUGAUCGUCUGAAAUAACAUACUAUGGAACUAGAAAUCCUAUGAGACAUUGGAGAAUGGAUUUUAAAAUGGUUCUUUUAUCACAUUGCAGUUAUGCACAAUGACAUUUAAUACUGCAUAGUGUGUGAAUGUAUACUCACUGUCUACUUUAAAAGGACUGCCUGUAUACCUAAUCAUUUAUGCAGUUAUCCAAUCAGCCAAUCAUGUGGCAGCAACACAAUGCAUAAAAUCAUGCAGAUACAGGUCAAGAGCUUCAGUUACUGUUCACAUCAAACAUCAGAAUGGGUGGAAAAGUGAUCUCUGUGACCUUAACUGUGGCAUGGUUGUUGGUACCAGAUGGGAUGGUCUGAGUAUUUCAGAAAUCUCCUGGGAUUUUCACUGGGAUUUUUGGAUAUCUGCAAAACUAAGCAGGUGUACAGGUGUUCCUGUUAAAGUGGAUGGUGAGUGUAUGUCGUGUGUGUGUGUGUGUGUGUGUUUCACAGAUCUGUUCAGGGUUCCAGUCACAGGACCUGUUCAGCAUCUGUAGUGCUGCCUCUGAGCUUUCUGUGGUGAAUGCACAGCCCUGUGGUGGCGGUGUUUGAAAGCUUUUUGCUGCUGUCAGGUUAUGAAAAGACCUUCCAGAAAGACGGCCCACCAGUGGGAGUGGUGGGGGGGCUGUGGUCGGCGAGGGAAUCACGGGUAGUGCAGGCUGGCUCUGUGACUGCCUAAAAGUAGAAUUUGAAUAAUCUUUUCUUGUUUAAACACUGUAUCAUGUCUCACAUAUGACUUGGAGAGAGAAGGGACUUUCUGAGCUAUUGUUAUGGUUGAUAAUGUUGUCAAAUGUAAGGGAACACUCAUACAUUAACCAGAGACCACUUUCAGGUUUUUUUCCUUCUUGUUCUUUCUGCUGUACAGCUUUGUUCAGCAUCUCAAGACAAUGCAUUAUGACCAUGCAGACCUUUUCCUGCCGAAGUGCAAAUAAGCUUUAUUUGCGUAGUACCUUCAGGUGAAGAUCCGUCCUUCUGAGAUGCACCCAAAUGAUCUGAUGUAUGAAAUUUACUUAAUGGAAGUCUAAUGGCACUUCCUUUGAUAAACAUUUAAAAAUAGUGAGGCGGCUCAUUGGUUAAGGCUCUGGGCUGCCAUGUCCGUGUUAAGCCAUUGAGGAAGUCCCUUAACCUUAAAAAAAAAUCUUUGAAAUGAAAAAAGUCAGUAUAAAUGUGACCAAACAAUGCAAAUUCAAAGCUUCGAUCAUUACAUUACACAUUAACAAUAAAGAACAAUUUAGUGUUGUUGCAUAAAAGUAGUCCAAUCUCAGAAAGGAUGAAUUAUACCGAUUCGUUUGCAAACAUCUUGAAGAAUUCUUUUACAUUUUUACAAAAACGUUAAAAAAAAAAAAAAAAAAAGUUUAUCUUAAAUGUGUAUCGACUCCCCAUCAUCUGCCAUUAGGCUUCCUUUCUAAGUGAAUUUGUAGUAAAUGUUUUUUUUUUUUAUUUUAAAUUGUCUGCUACAGAUGUACAGUGGUAAAUGGAGAAAUGGAGAGAUAGUAACAGUAGUAGUUCUUUAAAGCAGCCAACGUUUCAAUGCAAUAUAUUUAAGAGGCGUUUCAAUGUGAAAUGAUGCAAUACAGUGUGAUUUUCUAACAACAGCAAAAAAAAGUUUUGGAAAACUCUAUGCUUGUUGGGAAAAUCAUUGAGAAUAGAAUACUGCGCCUGUCUUGCCAUGGGCUUACAAGAAAAACAAAUAGUUCCCAGUUGUUACCAUUGCAUUUAGUUGGUAUCUCCUGAGAAUGUUUGCCCAAUACACUCAGUUGAAUUGAUUGAACGGACAGGAAUGUGAACGCUGGUGUUUCUGUAAUGAAUGAAAUAAUCAUAGUAAUGAUGAAGCUGGUGAAUAGCUGAUAGAGAAUUGCACAUCUGCAGCGGCGUUAUGUAGUGAUGAAUAUGGAAAUGAGUCACGACAGCUUGGAUUAAUGAGCUUUCAUGACACCUUUUUAUCACUGUGUUUUAUUUCUGUGCUUUUUUAAACUUUCCCUCACCUGUUCUCUUAUUUCAUUCUUUUUUAUUUGUAUUUUAAUAUUGCAUAUAAGUCUAAGUAAAUGAUUUGGCAUGUUUGUAAUCAGCAGUAAUGUAACACCAGUCUAUGCAGAUGAUGAAACUAGGUAAGUUAUCUCAUGUAUAAUGUAUUGUUUGUGCCUUUUUCGUUUUCUUUGUUCCCAUGUUAGUCUAGUUUCAUGCUUCGUAUGUUUGGACUGCAUUUGCCUUCCACACUCAUCCUCAGAACAUGUGAUUGUAUUGUAAGAGUCCGGCUGGUGUUCACUGGGAAAAGUGCUUCGUUGCAAUUACAUACACUCCUGCUGCUGCUGGUGGUAAAAUGCUUUCCUCAUCCUGCGUGAUCAUGUGAUAUUUUGUUGUGAACUGUACAUGGUCCUAUAAAAGCGAGUAUACACAUCAGUAGAUUGAAGCUGAUGCUCUGACUCAUCUGUCUUAUACUGUACAAUAUGAAAUGAUCUGAUUCUGUUCAAUACAGUCUUUGUAUUCUUCUGUA